AUGCAGACAGUAAAACGAACCGCACACCUCUUCAAUUUGGACCCAGCCGCUGACCCAGGAUCUUUCGAAUAUGAACCAGCAAUCGACAUUCGUGACUUGAUUAGUCUGGACGAUGUAAUGGAAGAACUUGGGUUUGGUCCUAAUGGUGGGCUGAUAUAUUGCUUUGAAUACUUGCUGCAAAAUAUGGACUGGCUCGACGAGGAACUGGGAGAUUAUGAUAAUGACUAUAUUGUCAUUGAUUGCCCAGGCCAGAUAGAACUGUACACCCACCAUCCCCUGUUGCCCACACUCAUGUCACAUUUAUCUCGCCUUGGAAUUCGCCUGUGUGGGGUUUAUCUUUUAGAUUCGCAGUUCAUGGAGGACCGGUAUAAAUAUUUUAGUGGGGUUAUGUCCGCGAUGUCGGCAAUGGUAAACUUUAGCGUCCCGUGGAUUAAUAUAAUGUCCAAAAUGGAUCUUAUUAGUGGGGACGCUCGUAAUGGAGUCAAAGGACGACGUGAUGUAGCGAGAUUCCUUGACCCCGACCCGUUCCUGAUGCAAUCCGCUCCAGGUCAACCAAGUAGCACCGAAGAACAAAACCCUCGCUUUCACCACCUCAAUGAAGCAAUUGUACAACUUAUUGAAGAUCACCCACUAGUAUCGUUCCUACCACUCAACCUCUCGUCCACAAGAUCUUUGGAGGCUGUUUUGAGCCACAUAGAUUAUACAAUGCAGUACGGAGAGGACGAAGAGCCGCGUGAGCCCAAGGAUAUGGACCAGGGCGAUUUCGUUGAAAUGGAAUAG